AUGAAAGUCGGGGCCAAAAUAGGCGUAGUCGAAUGCCGGGACCUUUGCGAAUUGGUCGUAUCACGAGAUGGACAAUGUUUGUUGGAUCCAUAUGUGAAACUACAACUUUUGCCAGAACGCGAGCAUCGCGUCAAGACUCGAAUCGUACGUUCGACGACCUCACCAAAAUACGAUGAACAAUUUACUAUGUAUGGAGUGACCAGUGAACAAAUCACUAUGAGCACAUUACACUUCCAGGUUGUUGCAUUCGAUCGAUACAGUCGAGAUACUGUUGUGGGAGAAUGUGUGUAUAGACUUGCUGAUGCUGAAUUGAUGCUUUAUCAAGAAAUGAGAGUGGAACUAGCACUGCAAGCACGAGCAUCGGAUACUGUAGCAGCACGAGGUGAAAUACUCCUGUCGCUAACCUACCAACCAGCUUUCAACAAUCUUACCGUAGUCGUGUUAAAAGCACGCGGCCUUAGCAGGAAUGAGACCGGAAGUGCAGGUGAGUAA